AUAGAACCUACAUUAAUACAAGAAAAAGCAAUACCAUUAUUAUUAGAAGGAAAGGAUCUCUUAAUCAGGGCUCGUACAGGUUCUGGCAAGACUGCUGCUUUUGCAAUACCACUUAUCCAAAAAAUAUUGAUAAAUAAGCGAACACAAGAGAAACAGAAGAUUAAGAGUCUAAUUAUUGCACCUAGCAAGGAGUUAUGCAAACAAAUUCAUGAUGUUAUUGUUAGCCUAACAAUAAAAUGCUGUAGAGAGGUUAGAGUAAUUGAUCUUAGUCUACAAAUAGACUUAAAUGCUCAAAAACUUUUAUUAACCGAGAUGCCAGAUAUCAUUGUGGUUACACCAGGUCGAUUAUUGCAACAUUUGAAAGCAAAAAAUUUGAUAUUGAAAUAUAGUCUUGAUACAUUGAUAAUUGAUGAAGCUGAUUUGUUGUUUUCAUUUGGAUAUGAAAAGGAUAUAAAAGCAGUGUUAACUUAUCUACCAACAGCAUAUCAAGCUGUUUUAGCAUCUGCUACAUUAUCUGAAGAUGUUCAAACUUUGAAAAAAUUGGUUCUACACAAUCCUGCAAUUUUAAAGUUAGAAGAACCACCAUUAGCUCCUCCUACGCAAUUAAGUCAUUAUACUUUGGCUGCAGAGGAAAAUGAUAAAGCUGCUAUUUUAUAUGCUUUAUUGAAGUUACAUUUAAUUCGGGGAAAAUCUAUAAUUUUUGUACAUACUGUAGAUAGAUGCUACAAGUUAAAAUUAUUCUUAGAACAAUUUGGUAUUCCAACUUGUGUUUUAAAUUCCGAAUUACCAGCAACCUCGAGAUGCAGAGCAAUUUCACAAUUCAACAAUGGCAUUUAUGACAUUAUAAUAGCAUCGGAUGAAAAAGUACUAGAAGAGCCACAUGUGAUAAAAACAAAAAGAAGCAAACGAAAAAAAGAUAAGGAAUCAGGCAUAGCACGCGGCAUUGAUUUUCAGUUUGUAUCUAACAUAAUCAAUUUUGAUUUCCCAUUAGAUUUGAAUUCUUAUAUACAUAGAGUAGGUCGUACCGCUCGUGGGAAGAAUCAGGGAACUGCCCUCAGUUUUGUAGCUAUUAGAGAAAGACCAUUGAUGGAAGAAGUAGAACAGAAAUUGAAGGAAGCUUACAGUUGUGAAAAUCUAUUUAAAACUUAUCAGUUUAAAUUGGAAGAAGUGGAAGGUUUUCGAUAUCGUGCGAAAGAUGCUUGGAAGGCCGUCACAAGAAUUGCAGUUCGAGAAGCUCGAUUGAAAGAAAUUAAACAAGAAAUCAUGAACUGUGAAAAACUGAAGAGUUACUUCGAAGAUAAUCCACGAGACCUGAAGUCGUUACGUCAAGACAAGACAUUACAUACCGUGAAAUUGCAACCACAUUUAAAAGACGUACCUGAAUAUAUAGUGCCACCUACUCUGAAAAAAGUUAUGGGAAUAGAGAGAAGGAAAAGAAAAUUUGACAGAGAAGCUAUGUCAGGGGCAACGUCUGCUAAAUCUAGAUAUCACGCUCGCAUUUCAAAUCCAUUGAUCAGUUUACAGAUACCGACAAAUAAAUAAUUCUUUGUAAAUUAAUUUAAUGUACAAGUUUAUUACAAAAUUAUACUAUGUCCCUAAUUCUUUAAAAUACUACUUACUAGUACGAACUUCACAUUGUAAGAGCUUUAUGACACAUAAAUGACUAAGUGAUUAUCGUAGGAAUUAAUUUUUGUGAUGUAUCUUACUGUGUUUACAACAGCAAAAAUUGUUUUUUAUAAAUAAAUAAUCGUAUAAAAUA